AUAAGAUAAUUUGCUGCUUUAUCUGAUAAGUAUGGAUGGAUGGCAUAAUUAUGAAGCGAAUUGACGCUCCUCACCUCAGUGAUCGUUCACUACACAUACGUUCAACAAUAUCCCGAAACGAUUUUCAUCAUGGAGAAAAAAAUCGCAAAAUUUGUUUUUGCAACAGCUUUGUUAUUCAUAUUUGUAACAUCCAUCUCUGGCGUUGAGUUUGGAGAAAUCUGCGAUGCUGAUGAGCUAUGUAACGCCACAAAACCUUACAAAUGUUCCCUCGAAGACCCACCCCCCGAGAACCCGGUAACAAAAUGUGGUUGCCUUGAUAAGGCUACUAUGCGGUACAACAAGGAUAGGCAGACGUGCCUCGUAAAUGCGGAGGAACGCGGGUGUGCCGAACAUAUCAGUGGAGGACACCAAAUUCACGUGCAUUGUACAGAACAUGCAAUUUGCGAUGCUCCCCCGUCACCACCGGAUCAAAUAGGAACUUGUCAUUGUGACAAUGGGUUCAUAAAGGACGACCCUUAUUGCAAACUUGGGAAUGAGGCAGGACCUUGUACCAACAGUCAAGACUGUGCAUCUUCAGCUUCCCUCGUAUGCUUGGAAUCUAAAUGCGUAUGCAAUAGUACACACAUUUGGGACAAUGCAAAAACAAAAUGUUUAGGAUUAGUGGGAGCAAGCUGCUUUAAUGAGACCGAAUGCUCUUCCAACAUGGAAUGCACCGAUUCAGCGUGCAAGUGCUUGACUGGGUAUAAUCUAUACAACGGAAGAUGCGUGCAUACUUACGACGGAGCCUGUCAAACUGAGGCCGACUGUCACCCUGACUUUCCUCGAUGCGAGAUCCUCCCUGAAGGACCACCAGGAAAAUGCAGAUGUGCCGAAGGUCAAGAACACAAUGGGGGCAAGUGUCUCAUCCUGAUUGGCCAGACCUGCAACCCUGCCGACGACAAGUGCACCACGUAUUCCCACUGCAACGAAACGUCUUCCCUUUGCGAAUGCUUGGAAAGCUAUACCGAGUCGAAUGACCACCACUGCAAGGGGAAACAUGGAGCAAAUUGUACCCUGGCACCUGGCACUGAUUGUUAUGACGAAUGGAAUCUGCAAUGCAACAACGACACGAAGGCGUGCACCUGUAAAAAUGACUUCAAAGUCACCACUGAACUCAAAUGCUUGAAGGAUUAUCAAAAAGAAUGCGACACUGCGGCCGCCUGUCAUCCAGAUUUUCCAGUCUGUCCUGCCGCUCCUAAUAAUCAAUGUAAUUGUGACGAGGGUCUUCAGUACGACGACAAAAGUCUCAAAUGUGGCAUCAUUCCGGGAAAUAGUUGUACCUCGGGGGAAGGAGUGGAAGAUCGUUGUUUUACUUAUUCGCAUUGCAACAGCGACACCCAAGUUUGCGAAUGUGACACCAACUAUGCGCACGUGGGGGAUGCAUGCGUCGGAAAUCUGGGGGCUGCCUGCACAGUCAGUACGGAUUGCAAGGCCGAUUCGUUCCUGGUAUGCAGCGAGGAUACUAAAAUAUGCUCUUGCGAAGCUGAAUACACUGAAAAUGAUGGGAAAUGCAAAGGAGGAUUAGAUAAGCCUUGCAUCGACGGUGAUAACUGUCUGGUAGGGACUUGUCUUCCAAAUAAUGUUUGCGGUUGUCCCGAUGGCACGGUCGCAGCAGGGAGUAAAUGCGAAUCUACGUAUGGGAAAAGUUGCGACCUUGGCUGUUAUGCCCCAUUCUUUCUCGAAUGUGACAACACAACUAAUCAGUGUGGAUGCAUAGCAGAGAAGUAUUACACGCCAGGUAAAAAUUCGUCCAUGUGUUUGACCGGGGUGGGCGGCAACUGUGUCGGGGAGCCUGAUUGCAUCGAAAAUGCGUACUGCAUGUCAGAAGGGAACAGUUUGUACGUGUGUAGAUGCGGUAAUAACUUUAGGCCGAGUGGGGGCCUGUGUGUGGCUGGGGGGGCGGAUGCUAUGGUAAAAUUGCCGGCUUUCUUGACAAUUAUGGUGCCCAUUUUUAUCGCUAUUUUUAAUGUGAAGAAUCAGUAAUUUAGAGCAUGAGGUAUGAUUUAUUAGGUAUACAUAAAUAUUUAAUACAAUUAUAUUUACAACUUUCUUUUCAAAUUAUUGUAUUUGAUGUAACUUAUUUACGUAUCAAUAAAAUGUUUUCUAAUAAAAAA